AAUCUCCAGGAGCUUCAAUCGUAUCAUCUUGAUACCCACGAUUAAAAUAAGCUCUCUCAGCCAUGUCAUCCCCACCACGCGCUACGGUAGCCAUCCUAUCAAUCGGCCAAAUGGGCCUCGGCAUCGCGCAGCUCCUACAAGCGCACGACUACCGCGUCAUAACCAACGUCAGCGAUAGAAGCCGCGCCACACAGGAACGUGCAAUAUCCACAGGAAUAGAAUUAGCAAACAGCGAUGAGAGUCUGGUAGCACACGCAGAUUAUAUUCUAAGUAUCGUGCCGCCGCGCGACGCCAUCGCAACAGCGAAGCGGGUGGAAGUAGCGCUGGGCAAAGCGACAAGAGACAAGAAAGGGGAGCUGUACUACCUCGAUCUGAACGCCAUUUCGCCCUCAACCGUGAAAGAAAUAUACGCGUCCUUGUCCGCCAAUGCACCUAGUGUGCGCUUCAUAGACGGCGGCAUCAUCGGCGGGCCACCUGCGCCGUCGGAAUCCGAAGUAUCAGGCUGGACGCGCCCUGAUGUACCGCUCUCGGGUCCCCAUGCACUACACGACGCGCCAAUCGACGGCGCAUACCUCGCAGACACGCUGAAUAGCAGAUAUCUCGGUGAGCAAAUCGGCUCCGCGUCCGGGCUCAAGUGCUGUUUUGCCGCGCUGUCAAAGGGCUUUACCGCGCUGGCGUUGCAAUCUUUUACUACGGCAAGUUCGCUAGGCGUGCUGGGUGCGUUGCAGGAGUACAUGGAUGUGUAUAAUCCCGGCGCGAAGCAAAAGGCCGAAAAGAGUAUUGUGGGGUGUACGACCAAGGCGUAUCGCUGGGUCGAGGAGAUGAAUCAGAUUGGGCAGUGUUUUGCUGAGGAAGGAGGGUUUAGGGCGCAGGCGCAGGUUUUCCGGCAGAUUGCGGGUGUGUAUGAUGGGUUGGCUGAUGUAGUGGAAGAGAAGGGGACGAGUGGAAUGGCGAGUGCGGGGGGUGUGGUGCAGGCUCUCGGGGAGAGUUUAAAGCAUGAAUAAUACGGAAUGAGUAUGGGAUUCGUCCAUUGCUUGCCUUUUAUACAGAGAGAUGUGACCCCUUAUUACUCCAGAUUGUCGUAGAUCAUCUUCUCGGCCAUGAACCACGCCGGGAUGACCUUAGGGUCCGGGUUGGGCAGUGCCUGGCUCGCAAGCAUACCAGCCACGCCCUUCUCUCUGUCCAUCCACCAGAAGCAAUUAGCUAGACCCAUCCACCAUAUUGUAUUAGCUCCACGUCCCGUGGGACCGGGUGUGAUCGUCAAGAAGCCGCCGAAGGCCCAGCCCUGAGGAGGAUUACCCGGCUGUGGGUAAAGUUCCGACGCUGCGUUGGCAAGGAGAGGAUU